AGCAUCACCAUGAGAGCCUGGAUCUUCUUUCUCCUCUGCCUGGCUGGCAGAGCCUUGGCCGCCCCACAACAGCAGGAAGCUCUGCCUGAUGAGACAGAGGUGGUGGAGGAAACAGUGGCUGAGGUGGCCGAGGUCCCUGUGGGAGCCAACCCCGUCCAGGUAGAAGUAGGAGAAUUUGAAGAUGGCGCCGAGGAAGCAGUAGAGGAGGUGGUGGCUGACAACCCCUGCCAGAACCAUCACUGCAAACACGGCAAGGUGUGUGAGCUGGAUGAGAGCAACACCCCCAUGUGCGUGUGCCAGGACCCCACUAGCUGCCCUGCCCCCGUUGGCGAGUUCGAGAAGGUGUGCAGCAAUGACAACAAGACCUUUGACUCCUCCUGCCACUUCUUUGCCACCAAGUGCACCCUGGAGGGCACCAAGAAGGGCCACAAGCUCCACCUGGACUACAUCGGGCCUUGCAAAUACAUUGCUCCCUGCCUGGACACCGAGCUGACCGAAUUCCCUCUGCGCAUGCGGGAUUGGCUCAAGAAUGUUCUGGUCACUUUGUACGAGAGAGAUGAGGACAAUAACCUUCUGACCGAGAAGCAGAAGCUGCGAGUGAAGAAGAUUCACGAGAAUGAGAAACGCCUGGAGGCCGGGGAUCACCCAGUGGAGCUGCUGGCCCGAGACUUCGAGAAGAACUACAACAUGUACAUCUUCCCCGUGCACUGGCAAUUCGGCCAGCUGGACCAGCACCCCAAUGAUGGGUACCUGUCGCACACCGAGCUGGCCCCGCUGCGCGCUCCCCUCAUUCCCAUGGAGCACUGCACCACCCGCUUCUUCGAGGCUUGUGACCUGGACAACGACAAGUACAUUGCUCUGGACGAGUGGGCCGGCUGCUUCGGCAUCAAGGAGCAGGAUAUCAACAAAGACCUUGUCAUCUGAGCCGGCUCCCUCUUUAAAGCACUCCGGGAUUCUCUCUCUCUCUCUCUCUCUCUCUCUCUGAUGGUCUCCCCUCUCCCCCAUUCCCCCUCCUCCCCUCCCCUCCUCCCCUCUAAGUUUUAAAUGUUUGGAUGGUUUGGGGUUCUGCCUGGAGACAAGGUGCUAACAUAGAUGUCAACGAACACAUUAACGGUGCUAAAAACAAAAGAAACACGGAAAUUGUAACCCAAAUCCCGACCUUCUGAGUUGUAGGCUUUGGUUGAGGCCUACCUAGGCCCCGCCUUGCUUCUCCAUGACAACACACUACUACACAUCAGCUGACCGGCUUUGGUGGAGACCGCCGUGCCCAAGCCUGCCUGAAACCUACGCCCUGCCUGAAACCUACGCAUCAUCCUCUCUCUCUCUCUCUCUCUCUCUCUCUCUCUCUCCUUAAAUCUAUUCCUCACCCACUCUGGGUUCAUUUCAUUUCAGGGACUUGGUUGCUAGGCACAAUGUCUAGGUAGCCUGGGAAUUGGGUAAAAGGAAGUAACAGACAUGAACACAUGAUCUAAGAAGGUUCUGGAACUAGAGAAACAGUGGUGAGAGAGAUCCCUACAAGGGGGACUCCAAAUGGCAGACAAGCAAGUCUUGAUUCCCUUGGAGCUGCUUUGAAAGUUGAGCCCUUCUAGAAGCUGGGAUGUCACCAUCUUGACUGUAGUCAAAACUUCCCAGCAGCCAUGGGGAUGAUGAUGGCUCAGGAGACUAGAUCCACACAUCCCCACCCCCCCCUCUGGGGGUGGGGCUUCUCCCCUUUUAUUUUUUGGGGGGUAGGGGAGGGAGUCUCAGAUUAUUUUAGGCAGGAAAGCCAGAAGCAUGAGAAAGACAUUGUCAGCAUGUCGUAAAGCAGGAAAGUUGGGCCUGGUGAGCUGCGGGUGGUGUUUUUCUUUGUCUUUCCACCUCUAUCGGUCAGGUUUCUAGCAUGUUCUGUCUCUUUGCCCAUCUUCUAUUCAUCCGGAGACAUCUCAAAGGCGACGCAAUGGUCGGAUCUCACAGGCUGAGAACGAAAUUCCCCUCCAAGCAUUUCAUGAAGAAGCUGCUUUUCAUUAAUCACGCAAACUCACGCCCUGGUGUGUGCAGGGUUUGACCAAAUCUUUCUAAAUAAAAAGUAACGACUUAGAAACUGC